UGCUUGAUGUGCACAAUUGGGCAGCACUGCCUUACUUGCCUUAAUCCAUCUCUCUCUCUCUCACUUCCUCACCCUCCCUCAUAGCAGCAGUGGCUGCUGCGGUUUUGGCAGAUCAUCGGGGAGAGCAUAGAAAAGGAAAAAAGCUCAGCUAUCAUUUUAACAUUUUUCCCAAAGGAUUAAUUUCACCUGCUUCUCCAGUUUCCCUGAUAGAUUCUUUUGCACUAUUUAAUCCAGUAAGUAUGAAGUUAUUGCAUGUUUUGAAGUCUUCCAAAUAGUUUUGAGAAUGGACUUUCUCUCUCCUCCUCCCCCAGCCUUUUAGCCUUUUUUUCUUUUUUUUGACAAGUCAGAAAAUUGUGAAGUAAGCGACAGAGUAACUGAGAGAGCAAGAGGGAGAAGACAUUUCCAUUCUUUUAGUGCAGUGGGCUGAGGCAAAAAGGCCAUUGUAAUGGUAAAUUGCACGCAGAAAGGAGGAAAAGACUGAUAAUCAAUCACAAAUGAAGCAUUUGUUUGGAUUCUGGCAAUUUACUGGCCAGGGACUUUUAAAUCUAUAAACUUUUUCUUUCUUUCUUUCUUUCUUUUUUUCCCCCCACAUCUUUAAAAGAAUAAGUUUGAUAUACCGAAGACAGGAAGAGAAAUCUUUAAAAAGCUGUCAUGCCCAGAAUACCUGGCAAUGGGGAAAGCACAGUGCUGAAACACCAGUGAAACAUCGCAGUUCUGGAGGAGAAGCAGCAUGCUGAAGUGUUGACGGGAAACGUUUUCAACCCAUCGCCUUGGACUCCAGCUCCGAAGAAAAAUUUUUCAUCUCACACUCUUCUUGUUUCAUGUAUUCAGGGAUGAGUUGUGAUGGCUUCUGGGGAGUUUGAUUUCCGACUUUGUUGUUUUGUGAUAACCGGAGUGGGGUUUUUAUGCGACUGAGUAUGUUAUAGGACAGAUGAGGAUGUUAGACAAUAUUAACACUGGCAUAUCAUCUCCUGAGUCCAGCAUUACCCAUAAAGGAAGAUAUAUCUACCUGGAGGCAUUGCUUCAAGGAGGUGCUCCAUGGGGAUUCACACUGAAAGGCGGACUGGAGCACGGGGAGCCAUUAAUCAUCUCAAAGAUAGAAGAGGGAGGUAAAGCAGACUCCCUGCCCUCCAAGCUGCAGGCUGGUGAUGAAGUGGUGAACAUCAACGAGGUGGAACUGAGCAGCUCUAGGAGAGAGGCCAUCUCCCUGGUUAAAGGAUCCUACAAGAAACUGAAGCUAGUCGUCCGCAGGGACACACAUGCUGCAAAGGGAUGCACCGACCUGUCUCCCAACCCACUCAGCCCAAACUGCGUGACCACUGACUUUCAGCCCAACAAAAGCACGUGGUCAGGAGGACUCAAGUUACGGCUGAAGAGCAGGCGGAGUGAAACUCCGGGCGGACCUCACUCCUGGCAUUCAACCAAGCUUGUGGAGAACCAGCCCGAUCCCAGCAUGAUGCAAAUAUCUCAGGGUAUGCUUGGCACCCCUUGGCAUCAGUCCUACCACUCCAGCUCUUCAACCAGCGAUCUCUCUGGCUAUGAGCAUGGCUAUCUGAGAAGAAGUCCUGAUCAGUACAGCUCCUGGGGCAGCAUGGAGACCUUGGACCACUCUUCCCCUGGCUACCACCCUUGUCACCUGUCUCCGGCCAAAUCCACCAACAGCAUCGACCAGCUGUCCCACCUCCACAGCAAGAGAGACUCUGCCUACAGCUCCUUCUCCACCAACUCUAGCAUCCCCGAGUACCCUGCUCCUCCCUUUGGCAUGGAGCCCUCCUGCUCCACGGAGAGCACGCAGUCGCGAGGCAGCCUGCAAGAGGGCAUGAGGCAAGCUGACAUCAGGUACGUCAAGACAGUCUAUGACGCCCAGCGAGGGAUCUCCAAGGAGUAUGAGGUGAAGUCCUCCGCCUUGCUCCCGAGCUGUGAGCCACGGGCCUCUCUGGACGGUCGUAGCCAUGGCAGGCUCCGUGUCCUCAGCUGGCACAACACAGCCUCCUCCUGGGCACAGCCUGGCCAGGGGUCCUCAGACAGCAAGAGCCAGUCCCCCAGGGGACCUCCCCUGCCUCCUACUCGCAGCGACAGCUAUGCAGCCAUCAGGCAUCACGAGAGGCCCAGCUUAUGUGGUGGCCUUGACUUGAACAAACCUGGUCGAACCCAGCUGAAAGGGGCCUGGCCUCCGCUUCUCAGCAGCCUAUCCCAGGGGCCACUGCCAAAAACGUCCUUUGGAGAAGGGCAUCUGCAUACUGUGGUGGAGAAGAGCCCAGAGAGCAGUCCCAGCGUGAAGCCCAAGCAGGGCUAUUCCCAGCCAGCCCAGCCAGGGCAGCCUCUGCUGCCUACUGGGGUCUACCCAGUACCUUCCCCAGAGCCGCACUAUGCCCAGGUGCCCCAGCCUUCUGCAAGCAGCAACGGGACACUUUACCCAGCUCUGGCCAAAGAAAGUGGGUACUCUCCACCACUUCCAGCCUCUCACGAUAAGACCAUAGCCAGCAGCACCCUGGGCUUUGAUGAGAAUGGAAACCAAAGCACUACAAACAGAUCAGCUGUCUUCUACCAGCCCCUAGCAGCUGAGAGAAAGCACAAUGCUGCAACAAAACUUCAUCAAAAACCUCCUAGCACAGCAGGCCCAGAAAUCUGCCUGCCCAUGCCAAGGAAGGAGGAGUUGUUACCCCCUUAUAAGGUAGCACACAGCGACCGAGAGACCACAAGUACUGCACCGGUCUCCAAACAGAGUUUUCAACCUCCACAGCCCCAGCUGAGGGAUGCUAGUGAGAAGAAACCCCAUUAUCAGCCCAAGGAGGACUGGACAGCCGAAUCCCUAGAGGACACAAAUGGCAACACACAGAUAAAUGAGAGGGAUGCCGCUGCUCAGCACCAGUGGGGUCACAGCAAAGGCAAUCAGCAUGGCUUCUCCUCCUUACAAAACAUCCCGGAGAGCUCCAGGAGGCAAAGCAGCUUCGAGCUAAAAGAGAUGCUGUUAGGCGAGGGUCAUUCAAACACCAAACCGUCCUUCUUGAACAGCAGCAGUAAGGAGGAGAAAGAUCCCAGGGGACAGGGGCACAAACAGUGGAAGGAUGUAGACCCACAGGCCUUUGUGAAGCAGGAGGAGGAGGGCACGAGCGUGACUCCGUUCCGUGCUGCCGAGCCAGAUUGCAAAGCACCCCCUUCUCCUCCGCACCCAAAGAGCUCUGAUUUUGGGAGGAGCCGGCUCAGCUCUAGUAGCAUCCAGAUCUUUCCCUACGGCAAACCAGAGGCUGGCAAGCCCCACUGCUCGGUGCUGGAGAAGGUCAGCAAGUUUGAGCAGCGAGAUAAAGGCACACAUUGGUCCCAGAGUGCUGGCAUUCCCAGCUUUGGGCAGCACUACGGGCCAAGCAAGACGAGCCAGCCCUCUAGCACAAGUUGCCCUCUGCACAACCUGGAGGACACACGGGGUGAGCUCCGCGAGCCUGGCCAGCUGCCCCGGGAGCCAGGCAGGGCCUCCAGCCCCUCCGUGAGGAUCAGGAAGCUGGAAGAGGCUGACUGGCACCCUGUGGAGCUGCGGAUGGCGGCUGCGGCAAAGCAGGUGAGACAUAGCGAGUACUACAGCCUGCGUCCUGAAAGUGAGGUGCAAGUAAGGGCACCUCAGCUACUGAGGAGUAAAAGUACGUUCCAUCUGGAAGGUGAGCCUGAGAAGGAGAUCCUCUGGAAGGACAACAUCCAGGAUGCCCAUGGGUCACAGCUGGACACACCGUUUAACAGGGCCUACAGGAACAGCAUCAAAGAUGCUCAGUCCAGGGUGCUGAGGGCCACUUCCUUCCGUCGUAUCAGCCCUCCAUUUGGGAGCACGCCCAAGAGGGUGACCCAGAGGCCUGCCUCAGUCCACGUAGGUCUGAGGAGCACGGCGGCAUCUCCCCACACCCCGAAGGAGCGGCACAGCAUCACGCCGACAGAAGACAGCCUCUCUGCUCUGGACUACGCCAAGACACAGCACAUCGUGCGCAUUGGGGGCCGAAGGCGGCUGACAGCAGAGCAGAAGAAGCAGUCUUACUCAGAGCCGGAGAAGAUGAAUGAGGUGGGCAUCUCUGAUGGGGAGUCAUCGCCUUUCUCCUUGCAGAAGAAGAGCAUCCAUUUUGCCUUCCCAGAGAAUACGGUGGCUGACCGGCGUAAGAUCUUCGAAAGGGACGGCAAAGCUUGUUCUGCAGCCAGCCUCUCCAAACCGGAACUCAAGCAGCUCCAGCAGAACGCCCUCGCCGACUACAUUGAGCGCAAGACAGGGAGACGGCCGUCCUCACAAGAUGUGGGGCUGCUGAGGGAGCGCUCCCACAGCUCCUACCUGCAGGUAGGUGGCCCGGACAGCCAGAGCCUUUCCUCUGCCUCCAGCGUGAACUCCCUCCAGGAACAGAACCUUUACCGCCGGAAAGAGUCCAUAGAGCAGAUAUCCAGGACAAGGAGGAUAUCUUCUACCCUUCCUCCUGGGCUGAUGGGCUGCUGCGAUAUGAGUGGAGAUGAGAAGAAGACAGGGCAUCAGGACAGCGGAGUCACAAGCCGACCAAAACCAGAGAGGUGCUGGGAUUACAGAGCCAAAAUGGAACUCACCAAAGGCACGCAGACAGACCCUCUGGCUGUGCAGGGCCAACCUCACUACAGGAAGCAGGAGCAGGUCUUUGAAAUACCCUCCAGCACCAGGAAAUCUGGGAAAUCGGUGUCUGUGGAAGACUUGCUUGAUAGGUACGACAAUCAGACAGUCCCCGUGCAUGUACGUUCCAGAUCCUCUCCCACAGCGGAUAAGAAACACCAGGACCUACUGAGAAGGGAAAGCACUGAAUUUGGCCCCAUGAUGAGAGAUCCUUUCUACGUGGUCAGCGCAGGAGCCAGGUCUUUCAGCAAGAAAGAAAGAAGCCACUCGGAAAAAAUGGUGUUUCCAACUUAUCAUCCCCAUCCUCGCCACAGCAGCGAGGUUGUCGCUGAGUCGGCCACACUGACUGAGAAACACAAGCUCUCAGAACUUUCCAAGCCAGAUAACAGGACUUCUGCUUUUGUCCCAUCCACAAGAGAGGCAAGGAGUCACUAUCCUGAGCAAAAGCAAGGCUUUAAACCCUUGUUUGUUAAUCUUUCUCCUUCUUCAUCUGGCCAGUCUUCUGCUAACGUGCACACACAGACUCCCUCAGACUUCCAGAGCGCUGGUGAUGGCCAGGUUCUGAGACAGCAGCACGCUAAACGAGAUGCUGUUCUCGCAGAGGGCAAUGGCAAUAUUCAGGCACAGUCUUUGGAUGCUGUCCAGGAUAGAUCCCCUGAGACUCCUGUGGAAGAAAUGAUGUGGAGAAAGCAAGCCGGGCUGCUUCACAGAUCCCUCCCACCCAAAGUUCUGUGGGCUCAUUCGCUCAAAGACAACAGCUACUCAAGGGCUACGGUGUCUUCUCCAGCAGCUGGGCCAAAGUCCUCCCAGAGGUGGCAGUCCCUGCUGACACAGAGCAGCACUUCUUCUGACCCAGAGACUCCUUCUCCUCAGGGGACAGUCCCUCUCCGGAUCUCAGAGUCGGGCCUGCAGCUCACACCCCCACCAUCGCUGCAAGACGAUGAAGACGAUGAGGUGUUUGUCAUGCCUUCCCAGGCCGGGGCUGUUGCUCCACCCUUCUUACCCCAACUGCCAUCCUGCCCUCUUUCUGAACUGAGCUCUUGCACUUCUGCCAAUGGCACGGAGGAAUUCCCACCUCCUCCCCCAGCACUGGAACUUGAGGGGAAUGAGGCAGCUGGAGACAAAUCCACCAGGCUCAUGGAGGAGGCCAAAGUGAGUAACUUCAAAAGCUUUCCCGAAGCCCUGACCGAGAGGGAGAUAACAGGGUUGGGCACCAGCAUCGGUGAAAAUAAUUGGGCCCUCUCGCCAUCUCCAUCAAAGAGGACUAUCUCUCCAUUGGCUGGGGAUAAGCAACACCAAUCACCUCCUUCUUCUGAAGGACCUCAGAGUGCUGAUAGACAGCCCUUAACUCAAAAUGAAGGUGACCACAGAGAGCCAGCAGUCAUCACUGGACGGCCUGAAAAUGGCAGCCUAGACCCUGAGGUACUCAGUGCAGCACCUCCAGAGAAGACAAAGAAAAAGACCCCGGAGGAUAUUAAGUCAGAGACUCUAGCAAAAGAAAUUGUCCAUAAAGACAAGUCUCUGGCUGAUAUCUUGGAUCCAGAUUCCAAAAUGAAGACAACCAUGGACUUAAUGGAAGGGCUUUUCCCCAGUGGAACCAGCUUGCUCAAGGAGAACAACAUGAAAAGAAAGAUGACACAGAAGAAAGCUACCAGGGCAGCAGUCAGAGAUGACAGGAGAGAAGAAAAGGAAGCACCUGUGACACUGGUCACCUGUCCUGCUUAUUACAGUGUUUCAGCACCCAAAGCAGAACUACUGAACAAAAUCAAGGACUUGCCAGAAGAAGCAGGGGAGGAAGAGGAGCUACUGGACAUCAAUGAGAAGAAGGCUGAGCUCAUCGGGAGCUUGACCCACAAGCUGGAAGUCCUGAAGGAAGCCAAGGAGGGCCUGCUUGACGACAUUAAGAUGAAUAAUGCUCUUGGAGAGGAGGUGGAGCUAUUGAUCAGCAAUCUCUGCAAACCUAACGAGUUUGACAAGUACAAGAUGUUCAUUGGUGAUUUGGAUAAGCUGGUGAACCUCUUGCUCUCCCUCUCAGGACGUCUGGCUCACGUAGAGAACGUUCUGAGUAGUCUGGGGGAAAAUGCCACCAGUGAGGAGCGGAAUUCACUGAACAAGAAGAGGAAACUGCUGGCUGGCCAGCACGAAGAUGCCCGGGAACUGAAGGAAAACCUUGACCGUCGAGAACGUUUGGUCUUGGAGAUCCUGGGCAACUACCUCACUGAAGAACAGCUCCAGGAUUACCAGCACUUUGUCAAGAUGAAAUCCGCGCUCCUCAUAGAGCAGCGAGAGCUAGACGAUAAAAUCAAACUGGGUCAGGAACAGCUCAAGUGCCUGAUGGAAAGCCUUCCCACAGACUUCACGCCCAGGGAUGCAACAGCAGCAGCUGCCUUUGCUGCAGCACUUGCUACCUCCGGCGGGGUCAGUGGUAAAACGCCUCCAGCAGUCUCUUCCUCACUGUCACCUUGCCCAGGUGGACCUGGGGUACAGUCUGUUUAAUCCAAGUACUUGGCAGAUGGUUGUCUACAACCAACGAAGACUGGUUUAAAACAAGGUUUUACUGAAGGAAAAAAACAAAACAGUAAUAAAGGUUUUCUUUUCCUUUCCUUCUACCUCUGCUUCUUGGAAACUUAAAUCAAUGUGGAGGGAAAUCUCCUCCUGCCAGAGAUGAGGAAAAGUCUCACAAGAAUUAAAUGCAUUACCUUUAAUAUAAACCAGGAGCUCCUCUCUUCCCUCCCUUUCCUACCUACCUGGCACCUCAUUCAAUAAUGAAGGAUCUAAAAGAAUGAAGCCUUAAAAAUCAAACCAACCCAUUCUACUGAACAUUAUUGCUAUUUAUAUUUUUUAAAGAACAAGACAGAAUGUGUAAGUUUUUGUACAUACUCUAAUGAGUUACUUGAUUCUACUUCGUUCUGUAUGUAGAAAAGACAUUUAAUUUUGUAUUUUGUGAAAACCUUAACUAAAAGAGGGAACCCCAAAGAUAGUCAUACAUUAGCUUGGAACAUCUCUUCGUGGUUUUGUUGCUGUUGUUGUUUUUUAAUAUAAUAAAGGGCUAUCAGAAGUAGCUUCAA